GAUGUGUGUCCCCAAGAUGCUGCACACGCCGAAGCCGCCGAAGCAGCUGAAGCUCCCGAAGCAGCUGAAGCUGCCGAAGCAGCUGAAGGUGCCGAAGCAGCUGAAGCUGCCGAGGGCAAGGCUGCUGAGAAGGUUGAGGCGACAUUUGGCGUUGUGGAUGUCGCACCUCUCGGGCCUGAGGAUGCGGAAGAGAUCGAAAUCAUCGAGGACGACGGAGACAGGGAGGCGGAGAACACGCAUGUCUUCGAGUCCGCCUCGGCAGACUCGGCAGACUCGGCGAAGACUGCAGCAGAUGCCAAGCCAGAGGCCAAGAGCACCAAGGAGGACGCGAGUCCGGAAGAUGCUGAGCAAGCUGAAGUGGCCAAAGCUGCCGAAGCUACUGAGAAGGUUGACUCAGUGGGCAGGCAGGAUGUCGAGCUGGACGGGCCUCAGGACACGCAAGAGGUGGAGAUCAUUGAGGAUGAUGAAAAAGAGGAGGCCGAGACCGACGAAGCCCAAAGUUCUUCGAUCGUGCUGGCAAAGGUUUUCUGGAAACAGAUCAUUUGCUGA